GCUGCGCGUGGAGUUGCCAUGGGGACGGGCGCUCCCGACACCCGGCUUCGCAGCUCGGACACCGCUCCUCGGAGAGGUGGUACUCCCAGGCCCUAGCCAUGGCACAGGAGACUGAGAACUACGACCCCAUCGGAACCAUCCUCAUCCAGGUCCAUGAAGACCUUUAUCAGUUAAAAGAGAAAUUAACAAAUUUCCCACUGGAGGAAAAAGGAGAGGCUCUAAACAUUCAGAAUCUUGAAACCGCCAUCAAAAGGACUGAAAUGGGAUUAAGAAUUCACAUCGAGAAGUAUUUAAAUGUCGUAAACCAUCAUGUGUUAACAACGCCUAUUGAUGGUGAUAAUUUAUAUUCUCCUCGGGCUUCCAAGUGGUUGCUUCCAACUGUAAUUGAUCAGAAAUCAUUUAUUUUCCCUCUAGAAUCUGAGGGUAGACUUUGGCAACCCCAAAGACAGCACAGUACAUUUCCACAUGCCUUUCCAAGAAUAAAGCGAAAGAUAGGGUUGAAUGUAAAAAUCAUGCAGGAUCCCGAGAACGUCCACCACAGAACUGCUGUAAAUGCGAACUAUGGGAUCAGUUUGCCAUAUAUUAAUCAGAGAAAAGCAUGUGUGAAGGUUCAGAAGUUAAUAAAAGGCUCUACCAUAUCCAACCUCACAGUUCUACCAGCCUCUCAUCGCACUAAUCCCUACUUCACGCCCAUCCCUGUCCUCCAAGCAGAUGCCAGGAAAGGGAUAUUAAGUAUGAUUGAACGAGGACUGAUUCCACCAACAGCAAGGAUUACCUUUCAGAAUCCACCCAUUGUACCAAGAGCAGCUCCUCUGCAUAAUUUUGAUGAAGCCCAUAAGAUCCCAACUGCCGGAUCUUUCCCUGUAAACAUAUUUUACUAUAGCAGAACUAACAUGAACGAGCAAACCAUGAUGAGGAGUUGGAUUUAA